AUAUUCUAAGUUCGUCACAAGAUGUCGCCUCUCAGGUUAUGCGGUGUCCGACUCCACUCCGUCGGGGUGUUGGCUGUAUUAAUGUAUAUCCUAGACACAUCUUUGGCUCAAGACGAUCAAGGUUUCGUCCAAAACGAAGACUAUCCGUCCGGUGUGUACAACGAAGUGCCCAAAAACUUGCUUUUUACGUGUGACGACAAGCUGCCCGGGUACUACGCGGAUCCGCAAACUAAUUGUCAGGUCUGGCAUUGGUGCGUGCCAAGCAUCGGUGGCAAUAUACAAUACUCGUUCUUAUGCGCGCCUGGCACCGUGUUCAACCAGCGGCUAAGGGUGUGCGAUUGGGAUUACAAGACGGAUUGCCCGAACUCUGAGAGUUACUACGGCAUCAACGAGGAUCUGUACAAGGACGACACUGGGAACUUCAUUAACGGGAAAAAGUAGAUAAAUAUGUUUUAAGGGCGUCCGCUAACUGUAGACCGAGCACAUGAUUGGCGCGAGAUAGACUACCCGUCUUUUACUAAUUGUAUGAAUUAAAGGGGGACGCGUAGUCGUCGCGGCGAGAUACUCUCGCGCCAAUCAUGUACUCGUACUAGCCCGGUUGGUGCGGGUGCACGGAGCGGGCGCUCACGCGGGUGCCAUUGUAGGUAAAAUUCGUCGCUCGCGUCCACGCCAGAGGGGCUAACGCGAAAACCGAAAUUGCGGGUAUCGUUCUUUUUUACUCCAAUGAAGGCGUAAUUAGAGAGAUAAAGACAGAUGCCCGCAAUUUCCGAACUUCGAUUUUCGCGGUUAGCGUUGCUCAUACUAUUUUUCGUUAGCCCGACCCGAUCACCCGCUUCGUG